CGGAUCCGCCUGCAGAUUGUCAAGAGAUAUUGGAUGCUGGUCAGAACACUAGCGGUGUGUAUACCAUCCAGCACGCAUGCCAGAUUAUGCAGGUCUACUGCCGCAUGGAGCCGGAGUCGGGGAAAGGAUUCAUAGUGUUUCAGAGACGCCUGGACGGCUCGGUGAGCUUCGAACGAACCUGGCAGGAGUACGCCGAGGGAUUCGGGAAUCUGACCGGAGAGUUCUGGUUGGGCAACCAGAAGCUGCGUAGUCUGACUGAUAACGGGAAGUGGGAGCUGGUCAUUACUCUGAGGGCGUUUGAUGGGGACGAAGCCCGUGUUCGUUAUAGGGACUUUAGGAUAUUCUUCUCAGAUUACGGGCUCUCUGCAUAUGGUUUCAAAGCGGAGAGUGGAUAUGCAGGUGAUUCACUCCGGCAUCUUAGUUUUAGAUACUUCUCAACUCCAGAUAAAGACAGUGACCACACCGACGGGGAAAAUUGCGCUAAGAAAUUCCACGGAGGCUGGUGGUACUACCACUGCGGUAGCGACAUCAGCGACAACUUCAAGAGCAACCUGAACGGCUUGUACUACAACAACGCAACAGUCGAUGAUUACAUGGGAAUACAGUGGGUCACUUGGAAGGGUAAACAGGUUUCUCUUAAAGGGUCCGAAAUGAUGACACGACGACGCGGACCGCAUUAACAGACGACACAGAAACUGGGGGACAGAGGGAUCGCACGACCGCAGUUCGGAGCUUGUCUGGUUCCCAGACCUGACAA